UUCACGGUCCACCAACGCAACCGCAAUCCCCCAAUGAACCGUGAAGAGGGCAAGAUGCCGCCGGCCAGCCGCCGCCGCGGCACCCGUUCGCUAGUGGCCAGUCCGCUGGACGACGACGACCUCCUCUGCGAGAUCCUCGUCCGCCUCUCCCCGCAGCCGUCGUCCCUCCCCCGCGCCUCCGCCGUCUGCAAGCGCUGGCGACGCCUUGUCUCCGACGCCGGCUUCUUCCGCCGCUUCCGCCUCCACCACUGCCGCAACCCGCCACUGCUCGGUUUCUUCGAAGGAUCUAAAGGUCUGACCUUCGUGCCCACACUGGAGGCCCCCAACCAUGUCCACCCCGGACGCUUCUCGCUGCCGUCCGGCGUGGGCGAGUGCUUCAAGUGCCUUGGGUGCCGCCACGGUCUCGUGCUCAUCUCCCUUGGGAACCGCCUCCAGGCCCUGGUGUGGGACCCCGUCACCGGCGACCAGCACCGCUUCACCAUUCCCCCGGGAGUUGCCACAUAUGGAGAUAGUACCCUGAUCAACGGGGCGGUGCUUCGUGCUGCCGGACACUUCCAGUUCCAGGUGGUCGUGGUAGUCGCAGAUGGUGACAACCAGCAUAGACGUGCGCUCGCCUGCGUUUACUCGUCGCAGACCGGCUUGUGGGGGGAUCUUAUCUCCACGCCGCUGCCAUACAAGGCUACUGGGUGCAUUUUCCCCACCUUCGUCAAUACGAAUGAUGCUGUGCUGGCUGGAGAUUCUCUCUACUGGGUGCUUGCGGGCAAUUCGGAUAGGAUUCUCGAAUUUGAUUUGGUGAAACAGAGCCUAGCUGUGAUACAGGUGCCAGUGGAUAUGCAUGGGCAGGACAACUGCUUCACGGUUAUGCGGGCUGAGGGUGGCGGGCUGGGUGUCUUCUUCCUGUCAGGCUCAGACUCCAGCUGCACUGCCCAGUUAUGGGAAAGGAAGACUGAUUGUGGUGGUGUUGCUUCAUGGUUGCUCGCAAGAACUAUUGAACUGGACAAGCUACUUUCCCUGAAAUCACAGGAGAAAGGGGCCAUGUACGUGCUAGGGUUUGCUGAGGAAAAUAGCGCGGUGUUCAUGUGGACGUUUGUCGGUCUCGUCAUGAUUCAUCUUGAGUCACUGAAGUUCAAUAAGGUUUUCGAAACCAAACCCUUGACCUUUUCUCAGUGUCAUCCAUUCGAAAGUGUCUAUGAUGCAGAAAUAUGCGCCACCACGGAGCUGACCUUGUGCGCAGUACUUAAGAUGACUGUCCGGUGGGAUAUGCUAUUUGAUCUACUGGUUGAGCAGGUGGAUUCUAGGAGUUCUGGUGGCUGAGAUAAACAAAUUGGUUGGACUAGGCCAAAGUGGAUUGAGGGGUGCCUCAACCAGAACGAAAGCUGUGCUGGUAGCAUAUACGGAGUAUGACGUUUACCUUCUUACUAAUAUCAGUUUGUUUGUUUGCUUGAGUGAAAACCUUCGUUUUACGCUUUGGUAGUAUUAAAGCUUCCGUGGAUGUAUCUGAGAAAUAAGUCUUCAGUUUAAGAGAUUCACCACCUGUCUCAACAGUUGUGGAGAUGAUUCCUCGCGUAUAUCAUUAUGCUUUUUUGUAA